UUUUCAUGUGAGAGGCCCGAGUAGCUUAAGAACUGUUUAUACCCCCAGCUCCCAUGAAUGAUUUAAAAAGACAUUCUUGCUCAGUUGUCUCGUUGCCCUGCAGAUCAUCCAGCCAAAACAAUGGUCUGAGCUUGUAGGGUUGAAGGAUGUAGGAAAUGGCGUCCCAGCCCAUGACUCACAGCCUCCCGCCCGCUGCCCACCGUGACUUUCCUGAACCCAGUGUGAGCCUCGUAGUGGCGGACCGGAGCAGUACCCGGAUGAGACUGUCAUGGCCGCGAUCGUUGACCUGCGAAAGUGAGGAGGAAAAGAAAGAUUCCUGCAGUGGUGAAGCGAUGGAGCAAGACCUUUCAACGGCUGAUCACCCUUCACUAAACGACAACACUUCUAAAACGGAAGAAGAAAGCAAUGAGAUGAAAGACUUUGUUUACAAGCAUUUACGAGUAGUUACUGAACAAUCGAAUGGGACACUCCAAUGCAAGCCUGAUGACUACGCAAUAGAGGAGACUUCAACUCGCAAAACUCUAAAAGUGAUUAGGAAAUCACGUAAAAACACACAGGGCGCUGUUUUCACAGGAAAUAUUCUGAGCUUCAGCUGUUCCGUGUGUAAAGAUGAUUUUACAUACAGUCCCAAUGACCUCCUUAAGCAUUUUAAAAAGUCUCAUAAGGACAGCCUUCCUUCGUAUCCUUGUGAUCUGUGUAGCUUCGUCACAAAUGAAUUCCCUGAUCUUCAGCGCCAUCGGAUUGGACACAGAAAUACCCUGGUUACAUGUGAGAUCUGCAAUAACAAAGUUCAGUACUCUCUGUUAAUGCUCACCAGGCACUACAUCAUGUGCCACAGUUUGAACGGGCGCUUUCAGUGUGAAAAGUGUGAGUUUAAAACUCUGGAUGCAGGCACAUUUGUCCAGCACAUUCACCAUCAUAACGAGGGACGCUUCAAAUGUUUAAAAUGCCCCCAUGUGAGCUUGAACAAAGACGAAUACCAGAGACACUUGAAUGUUCACGCAAGUAAACUCUCAUUCAAUUGUCCAAUAUGUGGCUAUGUUUCAGAGAGGAUAGAUUUUUUCAAAAACCACAUGAAUAAUACUCAUGGUGAAGUGACCGAAGAUUGGAUAAAUGGGCCGAGAGCUCAAGAGGAUGAGGCCACAGCAAAUUCAUCUGCAGCUAUUAAACUAAAAGAAGACUCAAGGAGUUCUCGACGGUUAUCAAAACGGAAUUGUGUCUCUGGGAAAUUGACCAAAGAUGUACAUUUGUUAAAACCUGAAAAGAGUUCAGAAGAGACACUGCAGUUUGACAAGUUGGCAGCGAAAAAGAACAAAAAUGGCAGCAAAAGCCAUAAUGCUACAGAACAGCAGGCUGCCAGUGAAUCAAAACCACCAAUACAAUUAAUCAUGCCAGAUUGUGGGAACUCUUUAGAGACGAGUCAAAAUAACCCCAAUGGACUUGUUAUCAAGCUUAAAAACAAAAUAUCUAUACCCCCGAAUUGUACCACUAAAGUAAUUGGUUUCAAGGUGGUUGAUGGCAAAAAGCAUUUGGUUCUCAAAGUCCUGCCAGCUUCAAAAGUAGAAUUGCCCACAGAGGAUCAUUCUCAAACAAAAGACUUUGUAGGAAAUAUACGAACAUGCAACAGUGAGGGUUUGACAAACCCUCGCUGUACUUCUUCGCAAAACAUCAGUGCUUCUACACACGUUUUUCAGGAUGAUAUUGUGGCAGUAAAAGUUAAGGUUGAGGAGGAAGAAAUCCCUCUUAUUGGCCUCACUCCAGCUGUCCAGGAAGAUGAAUGUAGAGAACAGGCAGAAAUUGAACAAAAUGGCUCCCCAAAGUACUUUGCUCAAUCCAGUACAAUUCUUACUAUGGAAAAUAAGAUGGAUCACCCCAAAGAAAAAAAUGAUAUUAAUUCAAAUUCAAUCCCUGUUAAGACAAACCCCAACCUGACCUCUCUUAGUAAAUCUAAAAUACACAAUGUGAGGCCUCUUUUAACAUCGAUUGAGGUUGACUUGCCCACAGAUAUCCAUGAAAGAUUAUUGGAUACAGCAACUAACUCAUUGGUAACAGAGUCGUCUGAAAACCACAGAGACUUCAGCACUAGUGGGGAGAUAAUAUCUUUCCAAAUUGGAAGUAAACAUGAUCUCACUAAAGGUGAUCAGAAUUGCACACAAAAAACUUUAACAUGUGCAAUGCCACUUCCAGAGAUGCAUUCUAGUUCUGCUAGCUACUCCAUGGAACAUGCCAUGUCGGGUAAAAACUCACUUAUAAAUACCCCCAACGAAAAGGUAUUUAGUUUUCAUAAUUAUUCAAAAGAAUCAUCAGACAUUUCACCUCAUUCACCUAACUUUGACAGUUGGACUGAAAUUCCAACAGAAUCGUUUGCUCAUGAAUCCUCUCAGGUGAGUUUACAAUUGGCACAAACUCCAAAACCAUCUAGCAAAUCUGGACAUGGGAGUAAUGCAAAUCCAGGGACUAAUGGGCCUCCCCAUCAUGGGUUAAAUGAAUCAAUGCCAGAGGUUGACACUGACCAUGGCCAGGGCAAAAUGUAUGCUGAAGAACAAACUACUGAAGAGACACCCGAGUCAAUUUUUCAAGACUUUAAUAUCAUCAAAGUUGAAGAGGAUUAUAUACCUGUGUCUAAUCCUCAACAAGAAAGCAACAGUUUGGGCCACCCGUGCCAUGAUAAAAGCAUUCUGAUAGUGAAACAACAUUCUGAUGCAAUCAUUAACCACCAGCUUAAUAAAGAGAAGAAUAAAGAAAGGCUAGGAACUUGUCCUGAUAGCAUUGAAUCUGGAAAGCAAGCAAAAACAACGCUACGCUUUUUUCAGAUCCCAGAGGGUAAGCAGCAAAUGCUAUUGCAAACUGCAGAAAACAAAUAUGCUAUCCCAGUGCCACUCAAGGGGAACAGAAGUUUCAAACUGAUAACUAAGUCAAAUAGUCCUCGGAUCAAUGUAUCUUACAUGAAGCCAGGUUUUGAAUUCUCAAGUAACCCUACUGGGUUGGUUCCUGCCAAAACUGGCAGAGAGGUAGGAAUGGAAAAACCCCUCUUGAGGACUAGUAAAACAGGGAUUACAUCUGUUUCUGCGGUGCCGCCAAACGUUGGCACAAUCUCAAACCAUUACCUUCUCAAUAGUACAGGGUUUAAUGGACCUGUUCUUGUUUCUAAAACAGGACACGGUACACCAGUGGACAGGCCGUCUGCUGGGAAAACACAACAGACAUGCUAUUUGGUAAAAAGGUCACUUCAAGUUGCGAAGCCCCCAAAUAAUGUUGGUUUCACGUUGGCCAGCUCACAGGUACCGCUUUCUUCGUGUCAAAUGCUGGCAAUGCCACUGAACCCUGCAAUAAAAUCCAACAUUUUGCCAGACGGGCGUCAAGCUUACCUAGUAAGGUAUGUCGCACAAGCAAAGUCUGGCAAAAAUUCGAGUAAUCUUGAAAGCCAGACUUGGACUCAGGCAAAGAAAAAUGGUGAAAGCAUUGGAUCCAAAGUCUUGUAUAGGAUUGUCACACCUACCAGUGGGCUAUUUGCAGGCAUUGUACCAACUGCCAAUGAGGAGCCUUUAUUUCUUGCUCCUCGUUCACAGAGUGAUCAGUCAAAAAAAAACAAUGAUAUGGCUUUCACUUGUGUGAAAAGUAUUUUCCCUGUACAGAGACUAUCUGCAGAACAUGAUUUUGUGUCUGGUAUUUUUCAGUCCCAAUCAAAUUUAGAAAAUCCAUGGCCAAUUCGGCCACCAAGCCAAAGGAAAAGACGGAGGAAGGCACUUUUUGACGAGCUUCCAAUGCAUAAAGCUAGAAGACUUGCAAACAAAACACUGACUACGGAAGUAUGUCAUCCUCUAUCCAAAGACAUUGAGAGAAAACUGAGACUCUACCCUUUCAGUUCACUACAGCAGAUCAAGUGCCCUCGCAGACAUCAACCUGUUGUUGUGCUUAACCAUCCAGAUGCUGAUAUUCCUGAAGUGGCUAGCAUCAUGAAGUCAGUUAAUCGAUACAGAGGAGCCGUCACUAAAGUCUCACUUUCUCAUCAAACUGUAGAGGCUCUAUCUGUACACAACCAAAUGGGGUUAACAGGGAAAAAGCCAAUUGCCAAAUGUCUGCCCCCUGCAAGCAAUGGCUCUAGAUUGCAACUGGAUCGGAGUUCUGUUCGUGAACGAUUUCUUCUGAAACUGAAGUUGAAGAAAAAAGGAAGGAGAAAGUAUGAAGUCGUGAAGACUUUAUCAAGCUGUGGUGGGAAGCCCAUUUUUGACUGUUGGUUUUGUGGCCGGCUUUUCCACAGCCAAGAGGACUGGAUUGGUCAUGGUCAGAGGCAUCUUAUGGAGGCUACGAGAGACUGGAACAAAUUAUUCUGAAUGUGUUCCUACAUUUUCUCGUUUGAAAAAUAUUUGUAUACUUUUAAAUAACUUUCCAUUAUGCUUCUAUUCUUGUCAUUUCUUGCCCUAUAAAUAACUACUAUGAAUCUUUUUACAUCUAUACUGGUAACUUAUAUUGUUUUUAAUCAGACAUGUAUAACUAUACAACUGUGAAAACUAUAUGGUAAUACAACUUUUUUUUAUCAAACCAGUGGUUCAUUUGAAAAUAGUUUUGAUUUAGUUUGUACUUAUGUAAAUAAAAGGGGUUUAGAAAUUAAAGCUGUCGAUUUUUCUUAAAUUCUUUGAAUUUGUAAUGUUGAUCAGCAGUCGGUCAACUAUUUACCUCUUCAAAGUACAUUUGACCAGCUCUAUAAAGCGCAUCAUUAAACAACACCUCCAGUAUUAUGCGUUGCUUGGCUGGAACCCAAUUUUGUGGCAAGAUAUAAUUUGAAACCUAUGCCUCCACAAUUUAGUUGAUUUUGAUAAGCUCAACAGCAGUAUGAAACAGCAGAGUAUAUGGUAAACCUAUUCCUUAUUAUAUGAGGAUAAAAUGUAAGUUGUCCUCUUGAAAAAAAUAUUUUUAAUGUCCACGCUUAUUUUAGUUAGUCUUGUAUUUACUAUAAUAGCAUUGUACUGUGUGAUUGUGGUUCUUUCUGCAUAUGCAAAAAUAAUAUAUGCAUGUUUUACUAGGCAAAAAAAGAAAUAAUUUGAGUUGAAUAAAAAUACAGUAAAAUUGAACCAAACACUUACUAGAAAGUCAAUGAGGCAAGGCAAGUUUAUUUACAAAGCCUAAACUAAUAACCAUUGAUAGUGAAGAUACAUAAACAAACCUAAAAACAUUAAAAGGGCAAUCACUAAAUGAAAAUAAAACUGUAAAUAAUAAAUUUUAGAGCAGACAAUGUAUAAAUGAAGGUAUUUAUAUACAUAUGUUCGCAGAGCGCGGCAGAAAGUCAGUCAAACGUAGUAGGUUACCAUCGGAGGAGAGAUGAGUGUUAACAAGGGACCUUCCCUGGAGGUUGUGGAUGAUGUGGCGCAGAAGAGAUGGUCGGUGCGCCAGGCCCAUGUGGUUGGUUUAAUGUUGUCCAUCCAAUGCGGUUUACUUCAAGUGUGUUGAUGUAUAAUUAUUUCGAAAAACAUUUCACAUUUAAAUGCAUACUAGAAAUGAAAGUACAAUUAAUUUUAUAAAAACGGAUGAUGGAGCGGAUGCUAAUGGUUGGUUUUAAGCAGGAGAGAUUGAUGCGGCUAGCAAAGAUGAGUAGCUGUUACUAUAAUAACGUAAUUCAUGUAUUUUCAGAAUGAACCGUAAUCUAUUGCAAAUGCACUGAUGAUAGGUGCCCUAGUAAUUGCUUCAUAAACAACGCUUAUAACUAAUUAAGAUAUUUGCUUGCAGCUAAUGUAAGAAUUUACCUUGCUAACUUUAUUAAGAUGGCUCAAGAUGGGGGGGGGGGGUGACAAAGUGACAACCAAUAUAUCAUAUUGGGUUGUCGCUUUGCCUGUACGCUAUCUAGCAGAAAUCCAGCAACCUGAAGAAGUUAAGUGAGAAACCGAUAGUCUAUAUUGGUUGUCACUUAACUUGUUCUGGUCACUGUAUUUCUGCUCGAUAGCCUACAGCCAAAGUCCCUCCAAAUCACUGUCUGAAUUGCUUAAACAUUUAGAUAUUUUUUUAAAUGUCUUGACUAGAAACAAACAGUAGUUUGAAUAAAAUGUACACACAACAAACAUAUAUUACACAAUUACUAUAAUCUAAUCCUUAAAACUACACUUAAAACACCCCACAAAAAUAGAUUAUUUACCAAUACUCUGAUCUCUCCUUGUCAGGAUGGCCCUCCUCUUCCUGUCCUUUUAUCUCCUUAGUUAGAGAGUCUUCUGUUUGAGAAACAGAAGAAUGAAAGACCAACAUGUAAGCAGUCGUGGCAUGUUUCUGAGGUAAGAUGUGAACGUGAAACAUGGGUGAACUCUGUGACACAGGGCUACGGUAUUGAUCCUUCUCUCCUCUAGCUCAGCCUGUGAAGGGGGCUGGGAAGAAGAGGUCCCUGACUCCUGGUAGGGGACCUCAGCUUCGUCCUCAGAGGUGGUCAGGGUCAGAGACGGGGACUUCCUCUUCCUCCCGGUCUGGAUGGCCGGGGCAGGGGCCCACUGCGGCCCAGCCUCCCUCUUCUUCUCUGCCAACGCAGGAGAUGGGCCGGCUUAUGACCCUGGCACGGGCACCACUGCCUCCCCUGCCAAGUCCUCCAACAUCGCGCCUGCUGUGGGUUCAGGUUCACCAUGUAGUACUUGUCGGCGGUGGAGGUGGCGUGGAACAUGAACAGGGCGGCCUCCCGCCUUGUCCAAGGAUGAAUGGCAAAAAAAAAAAGGUGGAUGGAAGGGACAUGGUUGUCAAUGUCCAAUGUACAAUUGGGAACUAUUGCAGAUCAUUAGGUGUUCUAGUCCUACUAAGGCUGCCCAUCCCGAUGUAUCUGCAUUACGUCUGUCUAACUCUCUGCUCUGGGACUCGGUUCUGGGUGAAGUUUGGGACGCUUGGAUGUCGCAUCUCCCUCCAGGACCCCUAGAAGGUAAAGGCAGAGGGGCUAACGGGCGCCGCCUUCAGGGAGAGGAGCUAGUGAACCGCCUGUUCUCCUUUCUGGGCCAUCUGGGCCCUCCCAUAGGCCACGCUGUUCUGGUGGUUCUCCACCUAUAGGUCAAAGGUUAAUGUACAAUAUGAAAAAGAAGCUCUCA